AUGGCCCAAGGUCUCGGUCUCUACCGGGUCCCAGACCUCGAUGUCGAUGUCGAAGUUGCUCUCAGGAUGAGCGCCGAUAAGUUCAAGGAACAGUUGAAUGAUAUUCAUGUCGACAAGUUCGGAAAGACUACUCUUGACGAUGUUUACCGAAGUCUCAGGGACAUUCAGUUCCAGCAACAGGAGCAGAAGACCUUGAUGAACCUCAACAGGAUUGAGUUGUUUCUCAGUGGCAUGUACUCAUUUCAAGAAGUCCUGGACGAUAGGGGCAUGGAAGAUGUUGACGGUAUCAUGGCUUUCGUUUGGGGUCCUAUGAGGUUUCUUCUUGAGACAACCAACGUCAACGAGAGAGCGUUUGAUCACGUACUCGAAGUUUACCAACGACUUGGGAUCCAGAUCCUUCCUCUUUCAGAGUACAAACAAUUCUUUGCAGGAUCCGUCAACGGCAGAGCCUGCCUUCUUAACAUUUACAACGACAUCGCCGAAUUUCACACAACCGCAUACAGGUUGUUCUCUCUCCGCAGCUCAUCCGCUAGCCUUCGGCUACACGCAGAAUUCAUCCAAACCCACGGGGCUCCUCUUCAAGACCGACAUGCCUUUCGUAGCGUAGACUCCGGCUUCGCGGCACCCCAAAAUAGCAUCUUGUUCGAUAAUGACGAUUUCCGCCGCAAAUCCCACCAAUACAUGUUGGAUUACGCAUCACUGCGACAAAAGUUCAGAAAGGACGAAGCCCACAGGAAGCAGAAGCAGAAGCAGAAGGUUCUGAAAUGGAUCGCCGCUCCCAUGAAGACACAGGAAUUGCACAAGAGCUUCGUCAAGAAGAGAGAACCGUAUCCAGAAACCGGACGCUGGCUUUACACCAGGUACGACGCAGUAUCAAAUUGGAUGCGUGAGGACAUACCUCAGGACUCCGCUCUUUGGGUCUACGGCAAGAAAGGCAUGGGCAAGUCAAUUUUGUCGUCACUGGUGGUCACCCGGUUGCAGGAACUCGUCAGGACCCAAGACAUCCCGAAAGUACAAACGUGCUACUUCUACUGCCAGGACGCAGACCCGGAACUGAACACGUACUUUGGCAUACUCAGGGGCAUCGUCCAUCAACUCGUCUCCGCAGUUGACGCAUCGAACCUUGAUGAGUCAAACGAAGAUGAGUAUGACAUUUCGGCGUGUUGUAACAAGUACAAUGGGUUCAUUCUUCCUCUUUGCGACGACAAAAUCACGAACAGUGGUGGCUCAACUCUAUCAACGACGGAGGGAUGCCUUUCACUCAUCGAGGCAUUUUUUGAGAUUAACCCUCGAUUAUACAUUGUUGUGGACGGACUGGAUGAGUGCGCAGGCCGCGUGGAAAUCCAGCAGAUAGUGUCCUUCUUGGUGGCUCAAGUUUCGCGUCUAGACGAGAUUAGUCAAGGACAGUUGCGGGUGCUGUUCAUGAGUCAACCGAAUCCCGAGGUCAAAGCAGCCAUGUCAAAGCCCACCGUCAGUCCGAUUAUUGGCGAAGUCGAACUACAGGCCACCGAUAACACACAAGAUAUACGGACAUAUGUGAAGAGCCGGCUGGAUCCAGCGGAGUUGGUCAAGUCAAGAAGGCAGGUGAGGGGGAGGAUCAACCCUACCGAAGCUUCAUUACUAGAAGCAUCUGGGAACAACUUCAACCUCCUAGAGCAAGAUAUACAACGCAUCGAAGAAGAGGUUUCGUUACAGAGCGAAGGCCUUUUCCUCUACGCAGUCCUCGCUGUGGACUACCUCUUGAACCAAUGGAGUAAAGGUGAACUCCUCCGAAAGGUUUCAUCGCGCAUGCUUCCUGACGGCAUUACAAAGAUGUACGACAUGGUGUUAGAGAGCCUCAAGGAGAAGAUGCUGGAUUUGUCUUCAACUCAUUGGGACAAGACUAAGCUUCUCCUCGGCUGGCUUGCCUGCGCCCAUCGCCCGCUCAAGUGGCACGAGAUACAAGCCAUCAUCGCUUAUGACCUUGAGAUGGAUGAAAUAGACUUUGACCUUCGCAUGAUUCGAAGAGAAAACAUCAAUAACUUUCUAGGGUCGCUGGUCGAAGUCUUGCCGGGCGAUGAGAUUCGUCUCAUGCACUCAACGGCUAAGGACCAUCUCGUUUCUAGCAGACUUAUCCACGCGAAAUCAGUUCAGUGCGAUCUCGCCAUUCUCUGUCUGCGCUACCUCUCUCUACGCUGCUUUGCAGCCGAAGACUACAGCGUAGUCGAGUUGCACAGUCAUAUACGUAAAGGCUACUUCUCAUUCCAAGACUAUGCCAUCCCUCAAUGGUGCAAACACAUCAAAACCGUCAUUAGAGAAUGCCAUGAACUAUUCUCACCCACCUUCUACCACGAUGCAGGAGUAGAACCAGGACGCAACUUCGUCGGAGAAUUCGGGUCGGCUUUGGCCAGGUUCAUCUCUGCUUAUGAUACCGAUAUCAAGAGGGAGACGCACCCAGAGUUCCCUGAGGAUGACUUGUCAAAGUACAUCAGCUUGCCAUUCUACCCCGAUCUCGCUCGCUUAUGGAAUCAUAUCUUUACCCAUCAGAAAGCUUCCGCCGACGAACGCAACGAAGUCGGCAUUAGCCGCUUACAAGACGCCCUCACUUCGCACCGCGAGAUCCUGGCAAGUGAGUACCAGCCAGACACGGUCAUGUUUGGGAGCGACACCAUGGAGACCUAUUACGGGCCCAACCUUUUCAAAUGCAAGAAAACACUGUGCAAGUUUUUCUAUGAAGGCUUCAAGACCGAGAAAGAUCGGGACGCACACCACAAUCGCCACGAUAGACCGUAUCCGUGCCCCAUCAAGACAUGCAACUCGGCGCCCGUUGGGUUCUCGUCCAAUAAGGACAAGGAAAGGCACGUCAGGACGUACCACCCAGAAGAGAUUGACGGACAGACGCCCUUCAUACAAAUGAGCAGGAGGGUCGAAACGGCCAAGUUUCCGUGCAAGAUGUGCGGGAAGUGUUUUACGCGGAAUAUCAACUUGAAGGGGCACAUGAGGAGUCACUUUGGCGAGAGGCCUUUUGCCUGCCCGAAUUGCGGAAAGGCAUUUGCUAGGCUAAAUGAUUGUAAGCGACAUGAGCGUAUCCAUACCAGGAGAGGGCAAUAG